ACACCUGCACACACACAUGCACACACACACACACACUCACACACACAUGCACACACACACACAUAUAUAUAUACACAAACACACACACACAUAUACACAAACACACACACUCACACACAGUCACACACACAUAUAUAAACAUCUUAUAUUUUCAGUAGUCAGUAGUGUAUGAAGUGUGAGGAGACGACAGCACUGCAGUUUCCUGUGGUUUGUAUCACUCUAUUAUCACUCUAUCAUCACUCUAUCAUUUGUUAUUUUUGUGUUUUCAGAACCUUCACAUGACGAUGGCCUUCAUCUUUUGGAUUAUUAACAACAGGCCUCCAGCUGUUGAUGUUUUCUCUUCUACUCCAGUCGAGUUCUUCUCUGUUAAAGGAGGCGUGAUGAACAGCACACAUGAGGAGACACCACAGAGCUGCCACAACAAAACUCACACAACUCCUCACAGUGUCUGACUCCACUCCAGUUCCUGCAGUCUGACGUGUCAUCAUGAUCAGUGCUAAAGGUCUGGUCGAAUUCUUGCGGAAGCAAGUUGGGCGUUUUGGGAUCUUCAGCCUUAUUCUGGUUGCUCUGGAGCAGAUUAUGGAUUAUAACUUUGUCUGUCCUUGUCAACGUGCCUAUAAUAUAAGCAUGUGUGUUCUGUAUGGUGCAGUUCCUGCUUUGGGCUGCUUUCUCUUGACCUUUUCUUUCAUAGACCUGUCCUUGAACACUGAGGACAGACAGAGGAGGGAAAUCUCCAAGAGGUUCUGUAAUAAAGUUCUGUACUCCAGUCUCACAGCCAGUGUCUGGCUCUUCCUCUUCUUCUUUGACGGUGGAUACGUGGCCUGUGCUCUCUCAGAUUGGGAAGGUGUGUACGCUCAGUCUGACAAGCUGGGGAUUGUAAGAUGGUGCAAGCCCACAGGAAAUGAAACCUCAGUGUUAGAGAGCCAGCAGAUUACUCUGAAGUGGAUCGCCAGAUCUCAGAUUUUAGGCUUCAUCAUCCUGGUGUGUGUUCUCAUCACUCUGGUGUGUGUACACCGCUGCACUGUGACACACACUGAGGAACCCAGCAGGAUGAAGCUGCACAGUCGACUCGGCGAGAGGAAGUUGGUCUGUGAGGUCGAGGAAAUCACGUGUUUGUGAAAAGAUUCGCUGCUUUAUGAUUUCCUUCAAAUGUUCUUUGAUAUGUUUGUUGUUUUGUUUUUAAAUGUUCAUUGUGUUGAGAUUUAGUGUAAACAACUUCAGCUUCAUUUUCAGUCCUCUUUAGAUCAGACAGGUCUCAGGGAUUUAGAUCAGACAGGUCUCAGGGAUUUAGAUCAGACAGAUCUCAGGGAUUUAGAUCAGACAGAUCUCAGGGUUUUAGAUCAGACAGGUCUCAGGGAUUUAGAUCAGACAGAUCUCAGGGUUUUAGAUCAGACAGAUUCCAGGGAUUUCAGGACCUUGUGAUUGUUAUUACAAUAAAAACCUUUAUAUUGAACUCAAA